AGAGAUGUGGGAGGAGUUUGUUCACAGUAAAGUCUUGUGUGUCUGUAAUUAGCCGCCGUCUCGUCACUUCAACUCUCUAUCAACCGGAGACGGAGACACGCGCACCGACCGAACACCGGAACACCGACACCAGCUCACAGAGCGAGACACAGAAUAAUCAGACAGACUUUAGAAUAAAAACUCAGACUGAACAACGUUCAACUUUAACUUACUUAAUAAACUAAAACAAGAUCCUGAAAGAGUUUGAUAUAAAGAUUGAAAUCCUCAUCCUAUAGAGAGAGAGAGAGAGAGAGAGAGAGAGCGAGAGAGAGAGAGAGAGAGAGAGAGAGAGAGAGAGAGAGAGAGAGAGAGAGAGAGAGAGAGAGAGAGAGAGAGAGAGGUUAUAGUUAUGAUGUCGUACAUGAAACAGCCUCAUUACUCCGUCAACGGGUUGACUCUGUCCGGUACCGGGAUGGAUCUCCUGCACUCUGCUGUCGGUUACCCCAACACGCCGCGCAAACAGCGGCGCGAGAGGACGACAUUCACGCGUGCGCAGCUCGACAUCCUCGAGGCGAUGUUCGCCAAGACGCGAUACCCGGAUAUCUUCAUGAGAGAAGAGGUGGCGCUCAAGAUCAACCUGCCCGAGUCCAGAGUCCAGGUGUGGUUUAAAAACCGUCGCGCUAAGUGCCGUCAACAGCAGCAGCAGCAGACCAGCGGCCAGACCAAACCCAGACCACCCAAGAAGAAGUCUUCACCCGUGAGGGAGCCCAGCGCCAGCGAGGCCAGCGGCAGCACUAACGGGCCAUACAGUCCACUGCCGCCACCUCCGGGCACGGCCAUCACCCCGAGCUCCAACAACACCAGCGCCACAGUCUCCAUCUGGAGCCCGGCGUCCAUCUCGCCGCUGACAGACCCGCUCUCGGUGUCCAGCACGCCCUGCCUGCAGCGCACCAGCGCCUACCCCAUGACCUACACCCAGGCGCCGGCCUACAGUCAGGGCUACGCCAGCUCGUCCUAUUUCACAGGGCUGGACUGCAGCUCGUACCUGUCUCCCAUGCACCCGCAGCUGUCCGCCACAGGGGGCGCUCUCAGCCCCAUCACCGCCUCCUCUAUGGGCGGACCGCUCAGUCAGUCGCCCGCGUCUCUGUCGUCUCAGGGCUACACCGCCGCGUCUCUGGGGUUCGGCGCCAUCGACUGCUUAGACUACAAAGACCAGAUGGCGUCCUGGAAACUGAACUUCAACGCCGCAGAUUGUCUGGACUACAAGGACCAGAACUCGUGGAAGUUUCAGGUCCUGUAGGGGGCGCUACAGAAGGGAACGUUCAUCUAAUACCCAAACUGAGCGUCUGUAUGAUUGAUCCGUCAGAGCCGCUGUGAAUGUGAGAGACGGCGAAUGACACCGAGUGUCGAGUGUAGACUACGAGAACGUGGUGCAGUCUUUAUUCCUGGACUUCAAGAGGGUUCAAACUCUUUGUUGAAUUUCAGUAGUUGACUUUUGAUCGUAAUUAUUUAUGGGUAAAACUGAAUGAAUUGUAGUUGGUAGAUGAUAGAGUAACGAAUAGGAUAUUUAACAGUUUGGAUGUUGCACUGACUGCUAAUAUUGCUAGUGCACAAACGACAUUUAACACUGAUUUUGAAAGACAAUCAUCAGUUUUCAAGCACAAACAUCUUCAAGAUAUCAGUAUGACAGAUGAUGUUUCAUACUGUCGAGCAUUUCAGAGCCAAAUGGUGACACAGAAGUUCCCGGACGUCCUCAGAGCUGCUGAAGACACGUUAAAUGACUCUCGAUGCUUUUGUGUCGUCGGGUUGAACUUGAUCUGAAUUCGAACGGUCGUGAAGACAACCACGUCCACAGAACCCCCGACGAGAUGAGGAGAACUCACAACAGCUGAAGAUGAUCUUUCAGUCGGUUUUAAAUGUUACUUUCGUUGAUGUUAUAAUAUUAGAUCACACUAUAUAUUUGUUAUUGUCAGUCUGAUGUUGUUGUUGUUUGUGUCUGUAAUGACUGAACAUGACUUCCUGUCUGUAACAGGAAACUCUCUCAAUGCCAACACUCGUCUUGUGUUCUCAAACUCAGGGGUUUUUAGGCUGUAAAAAUCACGUCUUCAUUUGUAAAGUCACGCUUUUCCAUCGUGUUUGCAUUUAGAUUCUUGUAGUUACACUAUUUGAAAUAAAUGACACUUUCUUUCUGUACAUGCAGAACCAGUUAUUCUAUUGUUUGUGAUUUUAUUUCAUUGUUUCGAUCUGAUUCAGUAAAUGCAAUUAAAUCUGUUAAAGCAAUAACUGACUGACAAUAUAUUGAAGCUACAAAUAACUACAAAUAAAAAACGAUAUUUUCCCAAAAGCACAUGAAGUCUAAUUUUAGUGUUUUUAAUGUAUUUAUCAUGACAAUUAAUCACGUUUAAGGAACAUUUCCCCGAUUACUGUCACGAGUCUCGAUGCUUCUCAUUUAU